AUGAGCACGAGCGACGACUCUGACGACAAAGCCAGAGCCUCCCUCAAGCGUCUCAUUGACCUCCAAAUCUCCCGUUCCCUCCACAUCCUACAAGCACUGAUGGGGGAAGGCGAGAGAAUACGCGAAGAUGGCCUAAUGGCGCGGUUCGUACGAUGUGUCGAGUUCGAAUUGGUCAUAACCUCCUGGAGGAUCGCUGGAUACGUGACAGCAUGGGGCUGGAGGGGUUUGUCGUUACCCGCCGGAUUUAUUCGACUGAUCCAAGCAACCGCGCAAGGCCUCCUCGAUGAUGAUUUGGUCAUCGAAGCACUAGCGGGCGAUUUGGCGAAGUCGCUUCCGCCUAUUUCCAGCGACCCUCCCCGCGCAUGGUGGAUAAACUUCCCCGCGCGCGAGUCCGAGGCUCCAAAGUCUCAAGAUGACAUGGAAGAUUUGGAGCGACUUUACCCAUCCGAGGUUCUUGCGGAGAAUUACCGCCAUGUCCUACCACCUCCUCCAAUCGCUGCCGACUGUAUUCGACCGGGGGAGAUAGGAAUGAGUGGGCUUCUGGAAGCGAAGCUGGAGGCCGAGAGGCUUUUAUCCGAGAAUACCCAACUUACCGUCCUAUUCAAUGCAGUCGGCGCAGGAACCACUCCUCCCUGUCCCGCCCUCCUUUCUGCAUCCACCGGUUGGGUUCCUUUGGCAGAGGAAAUCAGGGAUCACAUUGUCUCCGCGGAUAGUCUCCUCUUCAGCGUCUUUCGAAACGGCAUUCCCGAUGGAUAUCUCGACUUUCAGGUUGGAUAUAGGUGGUGGGAGCACCGGCCUCACACGAUGACUGCCUCGGAAAGGUAUCAUCUGACCUUCAGCGCCUGGUGGAACGAGCAGCCUAACUCACUGACCCGCGGCGCGAUUCGAAUGAAGUCAACCUCUGAGUUAAGGUCGGCGCUUUAUACGUUGAUGGAAGAGCGGGGAUGGGUGGACGAGGAUACCGCUAAGGCUUUGGCGCGGGUUGUCGGGCUCCGAAUUCAGCUAAAGCAACUUAAAUAA